AUGGUGCUGGACAAGCAAGACAGGAGCAGAGUCCUGGUAAUUGGUGGCACAGGUCACAUUGGGAAGCACAUCGUUGCUGCGAGUGUCCGCCGCGACAACCCGACCUGUGUCCUCAUUAGGGAUGCUGCACCGGCUUAUCUGGCCAAGGCGCAGCUCCUCAAGAGCUUCAUUGAUUCCGGUGUUGCUCUCAUCAAGGGGGAUUUAUUUGACCACGACAGCCUCGUAAAUGCCAUCAAGGGUGCAGAUGCCGUGAUCUCGGCCGUGGGGACCUGUCAGCUCGACGAGCAGACGAGGAUUGUCAUGGCCAUCAAGGAGGCUGGCAAUGUCAUUAAGAGGUUCCUGCCGUCUGAGUUCGGCUCUGACCCAGAGCGGGUUCACACCGUGGAUCCAGCGGCCACACUAUACGCUGGUAAAAUCAGCCUUCGCCGUCUGAUCGAGGCGGAGGGUAUACCUCAUACAUAUGUCUGCUGCAACGGGUUCGCCGAAACCUACCUUGUGAGCAUCGGCGAUGUUACGGCUCUUGGCGCUGGUCCUCGGUCCGACAAGAUCACUGUCCUAGGCGAUGGAGUUGCAAAAGGGGUGUUUGUGGUGGAAGAGGACAUAGCUGCCUACACGGUGAGAGCGAUCGAGGAUACGAGGACCCUGAACAAGAUCCUGUACAUGAGGCCGCCGGCGAACAUCGUGUCCCACAACGAGCUCAUCGCACUGUGGGAGAAGAAAGCGGGAAGGACUUUCCAGAUCGCUCGCAUCCCAGAGCCGGAUCUCCUCAAGUUGAUCAAGGAGGCGGCAUACCCUCUCAACAUGAUGCUGUCCCACUCGCUCUCCGUCUUGGUGAGGGGCGACCAAGCCAACUUCGACAUCGAGCCGUCCUUUGGUGUUGAGGCCACCGAGCUGUACCCUGACGUGAAGUACACCACCGUUGACGAGUACCUGGACCGCCUCCUCUGA